AUUAUGCUUAUUAACACUUUAUUAUUUCUGAUUAAAUGUGAAAACAUUAUAAUCCAAGCAAGAUGUAUUAUUUCAGUUGUAUAAUAUUUACAUCUCUAAUCGCCUCAUUCUAUUGUGAGGUACCUCCUGAAGUCCAAGACGAUUGGAUUCAGGGCACAACAAGAUCAUUUAGCGUGUGCGUUUGUGAGACUGGUGUCGAUGAGCAAUUAGCUUGGAGAUUAUUUAGAUAUUUAGAAUAUCCGGAUGAUUCGUGUCUAGCCUGUUAUUUAAAUUGUAUACAUCGCAGACACCAGUUGAUGUAUCCCGACGGUUCGUGGAACUGGAGCAGUGGAUCAACAUGGUUGAUGGUGUCACACAAGAGAUUGCAUAUGAUUGUGGUAAUAAAACCAUGGACAUUCUGGACAAAUGUAUGAAAUCGUAUAACUUCU